CUACGUCAUUUCGCAGCGUCUCCAGUUUGGUGCGAAGCUUGCCGAGGACUUGAUGGCUGGCGUGGGUCGUUUGUUUUGCUCCGUGUGGAGCAGGUGUGGAGUCCCUGAGCUGCGUGUACCAUGUGCCGGAUAUCACAAGAAGGUCGUUGAUCACUAUGAGAACCCGAGGAACGUUGGAUCCCUUGACAAGAAUUCAAAGAAUGUAGGAACUGGUCUGGUGGGCGCUCCAGCAUGCGGAGAUGUUAUGAAACUUCAAAUAGAGGUGGAUAAAAACGGCAAGAUUGUGGAAGCGAGAUUCAAAACCUUUGGCUGCGGCUCUGCAAUUGCAUCCAGCUCACUGGCAACCGAGUGGGUGAAAGGAAAAACGGUUGAUGAGGCGAUGACGAUUAAGAACACUGAUAUUGCCAAAGAACUCUGCCUUCCACCAGUGAAACUGCACUGCUCCAUGCUUGCUGAAGAUGCCAUCCGAGCUGCCCUUGCAGAUUAUAGACUGAAGCAGGAUAAGGAGGAAGCUGUUGCCAGUGGAUAGGUGGACAACAACUGGUUCUCUCCAUCACAACAUCUUAUUAUGUCAUUUUCUUAGUGAAUAUGGCACGCCUAUGUAAUAACAGCAGGCUUACGAUACGCACAAUAUUUCAUCAGCUUGUCAGAAUGUGUGAAUGUGUUUAGUAACGUUAGAAUUUUUUUUUGCAAACUCUGCACUUAGAAUUAAAAGAAAAGUGUAUUGUUCCAUAUUAUAAAUUUGCUCCGACCCACCUGUGGCAAUAACCUUGCUCCAGAAAUCUAUACAGGGAAGGCUACACAGACAUGGUUAUAUAUGCACGUCUCCCUCGCAUCUCCUGCCUUUCAUUAUUUGAAAGUGUGCAGUGAAAAAUCUAGGCAGCAUGUUAUGGGUGAUUAUAAACAAAGCUGAGAGAGUUCAUCUAUACCAUUCAACAGAACUUCCUCAUGCUUAUUUUUAGGCUUUGUGGGUUUUCUGCCAUCACAGACCAUCAUGCUCCACAGUAGCAGGAGAACUAGUAGUUGUCUGUUUCAAGUGUGCUUGUGAUUUAAAUGACCAAGCCCUGAAGACAAUUUUAUAAUAUCCCCAUUAAUUAGAGUGAUUACAAUGUUUUCAUCAGAGAAUUCCUACUUUUAUUCUUGAAAAUAUUGAUUAUACAAAAGAAUAUUUUUCAGGCUUUGUAGUUUCCAUUGGACAUUAAUGGAUUUUAUCUAAUUGUGUAACAAAAGCAUAAGG